CUUAUGUAUAUACAUAUAACACAAUGAGGGGAGGGUGUGCUUUUUCCCGUAAAUAAAAGUAUAUGAUCAGCGGAAAAUAUAACGGCAAACGAAAACCGUAUCGGCUGUCAUUGAAUUGGAGCGGAUUCGAGUGCGAUCGAGUCGCUUGAUCUGUAAUCGGCACUUGUCACGUCGCAGUUACAAGAAGCCCUUCGACAAAUCUCAACGAUUCGGCAAGCCCCGGAAGUGUCACGCGUCGGAGUCGCGAGCCAAGAGAAUCUUGACGUGGAUCAAUCGCGAGCCAGUUACGUUGGUUGAUCGUUCGCAAGCGGACUUCGUAAAGCGCACGAGAUCAUCCGUCGGACGUACCAGGAGUGCCUCGGGGUUUUAUCCGAGGAUAGAGUCUUCGCGAUUUUCAAAGGACAUCGCGUGUGUCCGAACGAGGAAUUUCUCGCACCGUUAAUAGACGCGUUGCAGUUACGCAAAAACGGAAAUAUCGACUAUAGAGGAUUGCUCGAUCUCUUGAAUUGGAGGCGCAGUAUGCCGGUCUUGCCCAAAAUGCAACAAGCGUCAUCGGCAAGUUCAGAUUACGUAACAACAUAUGGCGACAGCAUAGGAAACAUCUCGACGUUUGAUGACACUCAGGUUCACGCGGCUGGGCUUCCAUCUGCGAGGUCGAAUAGACCGAGCAUGAUGCUAAUACGUGCUGAUGUAUCUUCGAAAAAGGAUUUAGACGAUCAAACUGCCAUUCAUUGCUCGAUACCGCCCGACAUUUUUACAAAACACGGCUUAACGCGUACAGAUCUUUUUAUGGCUCGUAAUAAAGAAGAAAUUCGGAGUAUAUUCGAAGAUGUCGGUUUCAAAUUCCCGAAGAACAGCUUCGACUCGCUUUGGCAGGAAGCACUGUUGAAGGAUCGCACAGGCGGUGUGUGCGUGGAAACAUUUCGGCAGCUGCUUGUUGUGUCGGGCUGUUGUGCAGCGAAGGAAGAAACGUGUGAAUAGAAAACACGGGCAAUUUU